CCCGUCAAGAUAGCGAUUCUAGACACCGGUGUAGAUUUGCCAAAACCUCCCUGCGAUAAGUUUCAAGACAGAAUUGCAGGGUACAAAGAUUGGGUUGAUCUAGAUGACACAAUCCAGCAGGAUUUGGAUGGGCAUGGAACGCAUUCAACAGCACUACUGAUGAAGGUGGCACCAAACGCUACGAUAUACAUCGAAAGGGUUUUCAAGCACGGUGACCAUCGCAAAGGAAUGAUUCCGAAGCAAGAGAUCAACCAGAAUAUUGAGAAGGCCAUCAGACACGCUGUGGACGUUUGGAACGUCGACAUCAUCACCAUGUCCUUUGGAUUCGAUGAAUCUGUCUCAAGCAUAGACAAGGCAAUAUGCUAUGCCAAACAAAAGGAUACAAUCCUGCUAUCAGCGGCUUCGAACGAAGGCGGCAACGCAGAUGUUUCCUGGCCAGCUCGGAUGGAUGAAGUGAUCUGCAUCCAUGCCAGCGACGGCGUAGGAAAUAAGGCCAAAUUUACCCCUGAUAGUCAUCGAAACAAGGACAAUUUCAUCAUUCUUGGCGAGGAUGUCAUGUCAAGUUGGCCCAUGCACUUGAAUCAGGGUCAUGAGGUACGGAAAUCAGGAACCUCUUGUGCGACUCCCAUUGCGGCGGGAAUCGCAGCCAUUAUGCUAGAGUUGGCGGGAUUGCAUUUGUAUAGAAAUUCCGCAAGUUUCAGUAUUGAUGAGGUGGAGCAUUUUUGGAAGUUGAAAACAAUUGUCGGUAUGCGAGAGGUUUUCGCUCUUAUGGCGGGUGAGAGAGACACGUACGAUUAUAUACGACCAUGGCGAUUGCUGCAGGCUAAGAAGGGAUAUAAAAUGGAUUCAGUUAUGGACAUGAUACUCCAACGCUUGAGAGAUAGAACGUAG